GUUUUGUUCGCAUUAUAAUUAUUAUUAUGAUUUUUCUCUCACCUACGCGUAUGCUCAUAUAAUCAAAACCGGUUACUGAUCUGAAUAACAACGAAUCAAACCAAACACCGACGAAUCUCCGGCAGUUUUCCCCACCGGAAUGUCACUCUCCGGCCACCAAUCACCGUCCAUUUCACUAUAAGUUAUAAGUUAUAGUCCUAUUGGAUCAGUUGAUGCUACACACUGAAUCACAAGGUAUUAUAAACAAACAUGAGUUGGAUUCAAAAUGGUAAAAAACAAAGCCCUGAAAAACCAAUUUCAGGAUGUUUGGGAAGAAUGGUGAACUUGUUUGAUUUGAAUACUAGUGUUGGAGGAAACAAGCUCCUUACGGACAAACCGCAUCACGAUGGUUCUUCAUUCUCUAGGAGGCACUCAGAUGUGGUUAGAACAAGUCUAGUUGACGAUCAUAUGGACGAUAAAAUGGUUGUAUCCGACUCAAGGAAAUCUCCAUCAAAUAGAAAAUCAAACGGAACGCCAAUAAAGAUGCUUAUCGCGCAAGAAAUGUCAAAGGAAGAGGAAUUAAAGCAAAGUCCAUCUAAUUUGGUCGCCAAACUAAUGGGACUCGAUGCCCUGCCACAUCAGCAUCAACUUGAUUCGGCUUCACGCAGGAGUCAAUCAGGACCCUUAGAGUUUUUGCAACAAGAAUUCGGAGAAUACAAAGACGUUUACGAAAUACGUCAAAAUGAUUCACCGCAAAAGGGAAAAUGUAGUGAAAAACAAAAGAUGGAUCUCGUUCGUGAGAAAUUUAUGGAAGCGAAACGGUUGUCGACCGAUGAAAAACUUCGCCAAACAAAGCAGUUUCAAGAUGCGUUAGAAGUUUUAAGUUCCAAUAAAGAUAUGUUUCUUAAGUUUUUACAAGAGCCUAAUUCGUUAUUCUCACGAAAUAUAUACGAUUUACAGUCGGUUCCACCACCGCCAGAUUCUAGAAGGAUCACGAUUCUUAAACCGUCUAAGUUAGCGGAUGACCAAAAGCUUGUUUGGAAUCAAAAGGGUUCCGAUAUUUUAUUUUCUCCAGAAUGUUGCAAAGUUGACGAUACCCCUAAUCAGCCGACGCGAAUUGUGGUACUGAAACCUAGUUCUGUGAAACCUCAAAAUAUCAAAAUAUCACAUGAUGACGUUUUCGAUGCGGAUCCGGAAGAGACCACAGAUGAGAUUUCGGAAAGUUUAAGCGGGCUUAGACGGGACGAAACCGAAACCCGAGUUUCUUCGGUUUUUUCAAACGGUUAUAUCGGUGAUGAUAGUUCGUAUUGUAAAUCAGAGAUUGAUUAUGCAACAGGGAAUCUUAGUGAUUCUGAAGUCGUUUCACCAGCUUCUAGACACUCAUGGGACUAUAUUAACCGUUUCGAUAGUCAUUAUUGCGCUUCGUCCAGCCGUACGUCUUAUUCUCCUGAGUCAUCGGUUUGUAGAGAAGCGAAGAAACGACUUUCGGAAAGAUGGGCGAUGAUGUCAUCACAUAAGAAUGUUCUAGAACAAAGAGAAAUACAAAGAAGCUCAAGUACAUUGGGUGAUAUGCUAGCUCUUUCUGAUUUGAAAAAACCCGUAAAACCUGUAGAAAUUCACGAAACUAGUGAUUUGGACAAAGUUGAAGAUGCCGAUAAAGUUUCGAGAAAUCUUUCGAGAUCAAAAUCGGUUCCGGCUCGACUUGGCGUUGAAGAUUCGGGUUCUUUGAAAGACAAGAUUGAUGAUACUAAAGAGGUGGUGAAGGAAAAGCUUGUGAAAUCGUCAUCGUUCAAGGGGCGAGUUUCGAGUUUGUUUUUUUCGAAGAAUAAGAAGUCUAGUAAAGAGAAGUCCCAGCAGUCUAACGACGUACCGCAAUCUACUAGAUUUUCCGCUAAAAAUGUUGGUAUUGAAGGAUCUCAAUGCAUUAGUGAUACGGUUAAUGAAGAAGCAUCAUGUUCUGGUCUGAAAAAAGGCCUAUUUUUACCUGAGGCGGGAUUUUCUUUCACAAGACCCGACUUUCCUGGAAAUCACAUUGUGAAUCAGGAUCAACCGAGCCCUAUUUCAGUUUUGGAACCACAAUUUGAAGAAGAUGACCACACAACAAAUUGUCAUCAUAAUCCUAAGCCGAAUAAAUAUGGAAUGGAGCCUAUGAGAUACAACCUGAUUGAUAAAUCACCCCCCAUUGGAUCCAUAGCCCGAACAUUAUCGUGGGAUGAUUCUACGGGGUCAGCCACACCAUACUCCAGUAAACCCUCAUCCACGCCUCUAGACCCAGAGGAAGAAGAGCAAGAAUGUUUAUCGUACGUUCAAAUGUUAUUAUCAGUAGCGGGUAUCAGCCAAAUACAGUCAAACUCGUUUUUAGGCAAAUGGCAUUCGCCUGAAAGCCCGCUAGACCCGUCGUUGAGAGACAAAUACACAAACCUAAGUCAAAAGGAACCCGUACUUGGUCAAACCAAACUAAGACAUCACAUGGCAAUAUCAAAACUCGUGUUUGACUGUGUCAACGAGGCUUUGAUAGAUAUCGCGGGCCGUGGGCCUUAUAGUGGAGCCCAUAACAACGUAGUUGAUAGGACGAUGUCAUCAACCGUGCUGGAGGACCGUGUGUGGGGUCAGAUGAAGGAAUGGUUGUGGCGGGAGGAAAUGUGCGAUUGGGAGGACGGGGAUUGUGGCGGCAGCAUGGUGGUGGUGAAAGAGGUGGUGGGGAGGGGGUGGGUGGAGGGGUUGAGAAUGGAAAUUGUUGAUACAAGAAAGGAAAUUGAAAGGAAGUUGCUAGAGGAGUUGGUGCAAGAGUGUGUGUUGGAGUUGACUGGUAGAGUUUGAUGAGGCUUUUUUUGUGGUUUUUGGCUUCUAGUAAUGAUUUAUAACAUAAUUAUUUGUGUACCAUUAAACACUAUUAUUAUAAUGUCUUGCUAGUUUCCAAAAAAAUGGUACUUAUUUUAUUAUACUACAUGAUUAGUUACA